AUCAUGGUUACGGAGUCCUGCCAGUGAUGUGGCCCUUGCCUAACUCAGAUACGGCGAAGGUUACAUACUACUGAUUUUCGGGGAUAGAAGGUCCUAACUGCCGUAAGUAAUAACAUUUUCACUUCACCCUUGCCAGGUGUCGAGUACACGUAGGCUCCGACUCGAUAUUAUGACGAAUACUGAACCCGGGGCCGGUACACUCUACGCAUACAUUACUCGGAUAACGAGAUGGAAGCCACUGCAUCUGUCAUCCUCAGGAAUGUCAUAUCGUCCCCUGCUCGGCGGCGCAGUCGACUACAGUUCUCACCACGAUUCAGAUGCUUCUGGCAGAAGCAGUGAUGACGAUUCAACACUUACUUUUGAUUAUAUUGACAGAUCAAUCGUGGAGAAGAGCCUUCUCCGGAAGUUGGACCUUCGGGUAGCCUUCCUGGUUCUGGUUUACAUUAUGAACUAUAUGGACCGCACUAAUGCAGCUGCAGCGAGGCUGCGUGGUUACGAGGAGGACCUUGGCAUGGUGGGGACCCAAUUCAACACACUUACCAGCAUCCUUUAUGUGGGGUAUUUGAUGACGCAGGCUCCUUCCAACAUGAUCUUGCAACGUAUGAAAAGGCCAUCACUAUACCUUUCGAGCUGCAUGGCAAUAUGGGGUGCUCUCACCAUGUUCAUGGGUGCAGUACAAACAUACCAUGCCGCUCUUUUCUUGCGCUUCUUUCUUGGAUUUGUGGAGGCGGCAUUCUUUCCCGGAGCUGUAUUCCUUCUUUCGCGAUGGUACAAACAAAAUGAGCUAGGCUUACGCACAGCACUUCUUUCUUGCGGCGCCUCGAUAAGUAAUGCUUUCGGGGCUCUAUUUGCAUCAGGGAUUUUGGGAAGCCUGGAUGGCGCACUAGGUUUUACGGCUUGGAGAUGGCUCUUCUUUGUGGAGGGCGCUUUAACUAUCGUGGUCGCGCUGUCUGCAAUCUGGAUUUUACCUGAUUUUCCUUCAACACCGAACGUCUGGCUUCUACCUGACGAACAGAUCCUGGCCAAACAACGAAUGGAGGAAGACGUUGCAGUCGGAAACGAGCAAAAAGGCAAGCCCAGAGAGGACCAUUCUGGUCUCACCGAGGCUCUUAUGGAUUGGAAAGUAUGGUGGGUUGGUGCUGCCAUGAACUUGAUGGUCUGUUCGAUGUCAUUCGGGAUUUUCUUCCCGACACUAUCCGCUACAAUGGGUUACAGCGCAACUACCAGCCUCUUGCUCUGCGCACCCCCGUGGAUUUUGGGAACUGCAACAUCAUUUGUUGUGGCCAGGCACUCUGAUGUAACUGGUGACCGCUUCUGGCAUAUCGUUGGCCCCCAACUUAUCAGCAUCAUUGGAUUUAUGCUCGCAAUCUCGACUAUGAAUACGGCUAUGCGAUACCUGUCUCUAUUCUUAAUGACUCAAGGCCCAGUCGCCUAUGUUGUUUCUUUGACCUGGGUCAUGAAUACGUUUUCCCAAACGAAUUCGAAACGCGCUGCAGCCAUCGCACUAAUAAACUCUAUGGCAUCAGUUGGUACCGUCAUUUCAUCGUACUUCUGGCCGUCCAGUUGGGGACCUUCAUACAUGAACUCAUAUAUGCUUUGCAUCUUGACAAGCAUCAUGUCUAUGACGAUGUUAUGGGUAUUUAGGUGGCACCUUUCCCGGUGCAAUGAGGCUGCUGAAGCCGAAGAGCAAGCCCUGGGACUGCCCAGGGGGUUUAGAUAUCUCCUGUAGCACUCGCUGCUCAGCGGUCUUCAGUACGCAGUGUUUGGUAGGGAUUGUAUUUUGAUGGGUUAAGCUGGGUCAACGACUGGUUAAU